CAGUUGUUGUUGUUGUUGAUACAACUUAUUUAAAUACAAACAGAAAUCAAAAUGAAUUUUAUUUUUUGUGUAUAUUGCGGUCAACGCUUUCAACAUAAUACAUCCUUAAGACGACAUUUAAGAUGUAAACAUAACAUAAACAAUACGACAGUUGACAAUACACGAUAUUGUGAUUUAUGUGAUGUAUAUGUUGCAACCGUUAAAUGGUCUCACCAUUUACGUACUAACUUACACAAACAGUUAUCUAGUGUUCAUAUAAAUGAUAACUUGAGAUGUAUAAGAAGUGCAUUUAAAAAUCGUAUUGAAGCAUACGUAAUUGAAAAUCCUAACAAAUACUGUUUAAAUAUAACAACAUUUUUCCAAUUGAUCAACAAACAAGUGUAUGAAUUACUAAGAGAUGCUUUACAAAAGCAUAUUAAUAUAAAGUUUAAUUUUGAACUAUACUGCAAUUAUGUGUUAAUCAAAGAAAGUGAAGACUACUAUAAAACGGAUCUAAAAUCACAUCAAACGAAAAUGCAAAUAUUGCAUGCUACAAUGGAUGAUCGCGAGCUGAAUGGGAUAAUUAAUGAACUAUAUGAUUAUAUAAAAAAUGAAAUGAGUGAAUUUCAAGAACGAGACAGCGGUUGGUCUUUAUCUGAAAUAGCACAUUUAGAAGUGAAUAUUAAUAAAUAUCAACCGCUAAAGGGUACAAAUUUCAUUUGUUUACCGCGAAAAAUAAUGAAUAAAAAAGCGUGUGUUAAUGUUCAAAACAAAGAUAUAUAUUGUUUUAAAUGGGCAUUAAUAUCAGUCUUCUUUAAUAACAAUGAUAAUGUUGAGCGUCACUAUCGUGUUUCUUUAUAUAAAAAACAAAUUCAUGACAUUACCGCUGAUAAAAUUAUAAUAAAUAAUAAAACAUUAAAUUUUGUGGGAGUUGAGUUUCCAACACCGGUUACCUCCAUUAAAACAUUUGAAGCUAAUAAUCCUGAAAUAAGUAUAACUGUUUUGGGAUUGGAUGAUGAUGAUUCUACAAUAAUCGGACCUUACUAUUUUACUAAUAAUAAAACUAGUAAAGUAUUACAUCAUAUAUACUUGCUACUUCUCGAAAAGGAGGAUAAAUAUCACUAUGUUUGGAUUAAAAACAUAUCAAGAUUGUUGUGUAAUCAAUUGACAAAAUGUCAUGGGAAAACCUAUUUAUGCAACACAUGUCUACUACAUUUCUGCGAUAUCAACAAACUGGAACGACAUAGGAUUGAAUGCAAUAAAAUAGUUACAGAAAUGCCAGAAAUAAAGGAUUCGGUAUUAAGGUUUAAAAAUUUUAAGAAGCAAAUGAAUGUUCCGUUUGUAGUAUAUGCUGAUUUUGAAUGUAUAUUAGAAGAGUUAGAUAUAAAACAGUCAGAUAAUAUAAGAGUAGUUCAAAAGCAUAUACCCUAUGCAUAUAGCUAUUUUAUAAAAUGUUCAUUUGAUGAUAACUUAAAUAUAUAUAGAAUAUAUCAUGGUGAAGACUGUACAUUGAAUUUUAUACAGAGUUUACACAACGAUUGUAUAAUGUUAUACAAAAAUCAUUUACGUUUAGUUAAACCAGUACAGGCAUUAACAACUGAACAAUUAAAUUCAUUUAAUUCAGAACAAAAUUGUCAUAUAUGUGGAGGUUUAUUUACUGAAAAUGAUAAAGUUUUAGAUCAUUGUCAUUUAAGUGGAAAUUAUCGAGGUGCUGCUCAUAAUGCCUGCAACUUAAAUUAUAAAUUACCUAAUUUUUUCCCCAUAUUUUUUCAUAAUCUCUCAGCAUACGAUUGUCAUUUAUUCGUAAAAGAAUUAUCAAAAAUUGAAGGUGAUGUUAGUGUAAUUCCUCUAAACAAAGAAUUUUAUAUAUCUAUAUCAAAGAAAAUUUUUAUAGGAAAAAAUGAGUUUAUUGAACUUAGAUUUUUAGAUUCAUUUAGAUUUAUGCCAUCAAGUCUAGAUAGCUUAGCAAGUUAUUUAUCAGAUUCAGAUUUAUGUACUGUAAAAUUAUUUUUUGAGAAACCUGAAGAAUUUCAAUUGGUUAAACGUAAAGGUAUAUUUUCCUUACGACUAUUUAAAUUCAAUUAAUCGUCUUGAUGACACACAAUUACCAAAUCGCGAAGAGUUUUACAAUAAAUUAACUGAUAAAUCAUGUUGUGAAGCUAACUAUGAACAUGCACAGAAAGUAUGGAAUGUAUUUGAAUGUGUAAAUUUAUUAGAUUAUUUAUUACUAUAUUUAAAGAUAGAUGUGCUUUUGUUAUGCGAUAUUUUUGAGAAUUUUAGAAAAGUAUGUAAAAAAAUUUAUAAUUUAGAUCCGUGUCAGUACUAUACAACGCCAGGUUUAUCUUGGGACGCAAUGUUAAAGACAACACAAAUAGAAUUAGAACUGUUCACCAACAUUGAUAUGUACAAUUUUAUAAUGAAGGGUAUUAGAGGUGGUCUUGUUCAAUGUAGUAAACGACAUUCAAUUGCAAAUAACAAAUAUUUAAAAGACUAUGAUUGUAGCAAAGAAUCAAAUUAUAUUAUAUAUUUAGAUGUUAAUAAUUUAUAUGGAUACACAAUGUCACAAGCUAUUCCUUAUAAAAGUUUUAAAUGGAUGGAUGAAAAUUUAGAAAACUUUGAAUUAAAAAACAUAUGUGAAGAUUCAUCAAUUGGUUAUAUUUUAGAGGUAGACUUGGAAUAUACAGAAAAUCUUCAUAACAAUCAUAAUGAUUUACCAUUUUGUGCUCAAAACAAAAAAAACGA